UCCGUGUUUCAUUCAUGCCACUGUAAAUUUCUGAAAAUGUUGUUACGUUAAUUUGCAUUUCAGGUGACGAUAUGUAAGUAUAUUGGGUAGUCGAAAAAAGUCUUUUCGUAUUUUGUCAAUAGAUGUUGCAUAGUGUUAGAAAGGUUCAUUUAACCAAAAAAAAAUUAAAAUCGGGGACGUUGAAAAAAGUUACAGCUCAAAAUUGAGUGAAAAUAAUGAAGAAAUUCGCUAUAUUUUGAAAUGUCUAUAAAUAAAUAUAGUUUAAAACAAGAAAAAACGUUAACUUCGGCUGCACCGAACCCAACAUACCCUUCACAGGUACACUUCUUUUAAUAACUACAUAUGUGUUCAGUUUGCAUGGAAGCUAUAUGCUAUAGUAAUCUGAUCUGAACAAUUUUUUCGGAGAUUACAUUGUUGCCUUAGAAAAUAAUCUAUACCAAAUUUCGUGAAUAUAUUAGGUUGCCAAAAAAGUCUUGCGGUAUUUUUAUUGAAUUUUUUUUUUAUUGAAAUUGAAAUGAGUUUUUGAUGACUCAUGCCCAGCUCUUGACCGAUGCUAGGGCUGCUACUAUGCCGGUCUCUUUCGACCAAUUCAACGAUUUAAUCGUAAUUUUCGACGACAGGCCUUCCGGAUCGUGGCGCAUCUUCGACCACCUCUACACCAGAACGAAAACGUUGAAACCAUCGUUGUGCGGUGGAAAUGGAAACUGUAUCGGGUCCAUAAACUGCACAAAUUUUAUUGACGGCUUGAGAUGCAGAUUGACGGCGAGAAGGCACGUCUCCAGUGUUUUAGAUGUGCGUGCGCUCCGAGGUCCUAACAUCGACUCGGACCACUAUAUUGUUGCAGCCAAAAUUCGCACCCGCCUCUGUGCAGCAAAAAACGCACGCCAACAAACACAAGGAAGGUUCGACGUCGAGAAGCUGCAAUCACAACAGACAGCCGAACGUUUUUCUACUCGGCUUGCACUCCUGCUCUCUGAGAGCACUCGUCAACAAUUCGGUAUAAGGGAACUGUGGGACGGCAUUUCAAACUCCUUACGUACAGCUGCAACCGAAACCAUUGGUUUUCGGAAAGUGCAAAAGAACAGCUGGUACGACGAGGAGUGCCGUGUCGCAGCGGAGAGAAAACAGGCUACCUACCUCGCAACGUUACGAUCGACCACAACACGUGCGGGAUGGGAUAGAUACCAAGAGUUGAAGAGGGAAGCGAGACGCAUUUGCAGACAGAAGAAGAAAGAGGCCGAAAUGCGUGAGUACGAACAGCUCAAUAAGCUGGCCGACAGGGGUAAUGCUCGAAAAUUCUACGAAAAGAUGCGGCGGCUUACAGAAGGUUUCAAGACCGGAGCAUACUCUUGUAGAACCCCCAAAGGUGAUCUAGUUACCGAUGCCCAGAGCAUACUUAAAUUAUGGAGGGAACACUUCUCCAGCCUGCUGAAUGGCAGUGAAAGCACAACACCGGGAGAAGGCGAACCCGAUUCCCAAAUCGAAGACGAUGGAACGUUCCAUUACCCGACCAUGAAGAAGUUCGAAUAGCAAUCACCCGCCUGAAGAACAACAAAGCGGCAGGGGCCGAUGGAUUGCCGGCCGAGCUAUUCAAACACGGCGGCGAAGAACUGAUAAGGAGCAUGCAUCAGCUUCUUUGUAAAAUAUGGUCGGACGAAAGCAUGCCCAACGACUGGAAUUUAAGUGUGCUAUGCCCAAUCCAUAAAAAAGGAGACCCCACAAUCUGCGCCAACUACCGUGGGAUUAGCCUCCUCAACAUCGCAUAUAAGGUUCUAUCGAGCGUAUUGUGUGAAAGAUUAAAGCCCACCGUCAACGAACUGAUUGGACCUUACUUAUCAGUGUGGCUUUAGACCUGGCAAAUCAACAACCGACCAGAUAUUCACCAUGCGACAAAUCUUGGAAAAGACCCGUGAAAGGAGAAUCGACGGUCGAGGUGGUGUGUCCUCUUCGUCGAUUUCAAAGCUGCUUUCGACAGCACGAAAAGGAGCUGCCUUUAUGCCGCGAUGUCUGAAUUUGGUAUCCCCGCAAAACUGAUACGGCUGUGUAAACUGACGUUGAGCGGCACCAAAAGCUCCGUCAGAAUCGGGAAGAACCUCUCCGAGCCGUUCGAUACCAAACGAGGUUUCAGACAAGGCGACUCCCUAUCGUGCGACCUUUUCAAUCUGCUGCUGGAGAAAAUAGUUCGAGCUGCAGAACUGAAUCGAGCAGGUACAAUCUUCUAUAAGAGUGUACAGCUGCUGGCGUAUGCCGAUGAUAUUGAUAUCAUCGGCCUCAACACCCGCGCCGUUAGUUCUGCUUUCUCCAGGCUGGACAAGGAAGCAAAACGAAUGGGUCUGGCAGUGAACGAGGGCAAGACGAAAUAUCUCCUGUCAUCAAACAAACAGUCGUCGCACUCGCGACUUGGCACUCACGUCACUGUUGACAGUCAUAACUUUGAAGUUAUAGAUAAUUUCGUCUAUCUUGAAACCAGCGUAAACACCACCAACAAUGUCAGCCUAGAAAUCCAACGCAGGAUAACUCUUGCCAACAAGUGCUACUUCGGACUGAGUAGGCAAUUGAGAAGCAAAGUCCUCUCUCGACAGACAAAAACCAAACUCUAUAAGUCUCUCAUAAUUCCCGUCCUGAUAUAUGGUUUCUGCGAAAGAUUUAUGGUUCUUUGCGCGUUGGCCACGGCGAAUAUCGCAUUCGAUGGAACGAUGAGCUGUACGAGAUAUACGACGACAUUGACAUAGUUCAGCGAAUUAAAAGACAGCGGCUACGCUGGCUAGGUCAUGUUGUCCGGAUGGACGAAAACACUCCAGCUAUGAAAGUAUUCGACGCAGUACCCGCCGGGGGAAGCAGAGGAAGAGGAAGACCUCCACCACGUAGCGAAAAGAAGAAACGACUGGCGCGCGG